AUGGAUCGCGUGCCAAAUGAAAUCUUGGGGCAGAUAUGCCUCUAUCUCCAAGGCCCUGAACAUGGUCCAUGCAGAGAUCUAUCCUCCCUGAGCUGGGUCAAGUGGAUCUGCUACAAUGCGGCGGCCCCGAUUCUCUAUCGAAAGCUUACUCUCAAAUUCUGGGAUAUGGAAAGCCUACUUCAUCGGGACAGAAGCUGGGCACCACUCAAGUCUCUUAUUGCUUACCUUGAUUACCUGGAGCAGCUUGACUUUAUCACAACCAAUGAGUUCACAAGUGACUUACAGCAAGCUAUAUCCUAUUAUCAUCCAAAUUGUAGGGUGAAUAUUACGUGGCGACAGGCGGUGGGCUACAGUGUUCUUGGUACAGAAACUAGAAAACAGCUCAACCACCGCGAAACUUGGAGCGACUACGAAUUCGAUAUCAAUGUUCUUCAACUACCCGGUCUACAUAGUCUCGCUGUGACCCUUAUCGAUAGCAAACGCCUAUCAGCUGGACGCGAAGACCUCGACGAAAUGCUACCUUUUCUCGUUACCGCUCCAGGACUGAAGCAUCUUGACUUACAAGGCCAGAUUGACCACCUCGGGUUCCCCCUCGCUCGGCUAAGGGGAAAAUGGCAAGGCCUGAUCGAUGCUCGCCCACCCUCGCAAAUAUCUCAACUAGAAUCAAUUAUAAUCUCCGGGUCCGGACCACGUGAAGAUAUUCUAUUCAAAUUGGCUGCUGCUGGCAAUCUUUCCAACCUUCGAACAGCCGUUCUUGCGAAGGUCUAUGAACCGGAGAAUUUGGCGAAAGUCGCUAAACUAUUCCCCAACCUUGAGCGACUCUUCAUCGAACCGAAUCCCAGACGUCGGCGCUGGAUCCACCUCAAAGCUGAUCACGACGAUUCAAUCGCCGCCAUACGAGCAUUUCGACCAUUGAAAUAUCUUUGUCUCCACAGUCUUCGCAAAGUCGAAAACUUUCAUCGAAUCGUCGAACAGCAUGGCCCGUCAUUGAAGGGGCUCAUUAUCGAACCCUCUGGUCCGGCUCAUUCACAAUACCCCAGACUCGAAGUUUCUGACAUCGUCCAGCUGGCGACUUGCUGUCCGAACUUGGAAGAGCUACGUCUUCAGGUUCAAAGGUCAGUGGGCAGUCAAGCAGAGUGUGAAUUGUACAAAGCUCUUGGGGGAUUCUUCAACCUUGACAGCCUUGUAUUGGAUCUUCAAUUCGACGCGCGAAUAGAGCCAGCACGGCGCCACCUUGACAUGGAAGACCCGACUGCCCUCCGAACAACAUUCAUGAAUGCGGCCAGAGACGAGAAACUUGCUCUUGGUAUUUGGGCCAUGAUAAAACUCAACAAGGCUUCCCGCCUGCAAUAUCUUCGUGUGGUGCCAUUUGGAAAUGAACGGUUCCCCGGAGAAGAGAGUUAUCUACUCUAUUGCUUUGCGCGGUCAUUCCUAGUCACACGAUACAACUUCCAAAAUCCUGCAUCCCCAAGUGUGGAGGAAAUUGGGACGAGAGCGCGGGAGAUAGCACGAGAGAGAACAGAGUCGAGCGUUUAUUCUGAUGAAAUCGAUGAGUUGUCUCUCCCUGAGAGACUCACACUACUUCUCCAUGAUAUCUGGCCACAGGUGCCCGAGCCAUGCGACUGGCGUUCUUGCUGGACUAGCUUUCCUUUUGAGACAGACACUACAUAA